AACUUUGAGAUUUUUCAAAUGGAAAUGCUUACAGAAAUGCCUACUUGUAGCGGAUGCGGCAAUAUUAAACUGAUUAGCGAGUUUGAGAGACUCGAUGUAAAGGGUAAACUAAAACAAUUCUGUACAUGUAAUGAUUGUCAUACUAAGUUAGUUGAAUGUAAGAAUGCCAAAAAGAGACAACUAGAAACUGAAGAGCAUGAUCAAGAAAUCGAAGAAAAUCAAGAAAAUGUGGACUAUUUCGAAAUUAUUGACCUAAAUGACCUUUCUCGCCAUUUCUUACAACUUCAAAGUACUUAUUCAGCACAACCAGAUAAUAAUUUAGAUAGUGCAACUCCAUUUCAUUUUCAAUGUGGAAUAGAUAUAUCGACAUUUGAUAAAUCAUCAAAAGAAAUAGCAGAAGAAUUAGUUGAAUUGAUUGAAGAUAUUGAUGAAUUUGCAUGGAU